UAAAAUGGCAACACUGAAGCGGAUCUGACUGGCAAAUAUGGAGCAGAUUAUCCUCUUGUGCCUGGUUUUCACCAUUCUAUCGGCUGUACAUGCUCAGAAAUUUUUUUUCAGCCCGAAUUGGGAUCCAAUUGGCUAUAAAGAACGGGAAGAGCCUGAUAAGACAGCAAUGGAUGACAUCAUUAAAACUAAUGAGUUUCAAGCUUCUCAGAUCAUAGACGGCACUACCAGUCUCAGAGAGGGGGACAUUGCUGUCUCCUCUGGAAGGCGCUCCAAAGUCUGCUUUGCUCGUAGCUGCCUCUGGUCUAAGUCAGUGGAUGGACACGUCUAUGUUGCUUACAGGAUCUCACCUGAAUACUCUGAAAUGGAGACAAAGCUCAUAAAGAAAGGGAUGGAAAAUGUAGAGAAAGGUACCUGCGUGCGCUUUGUUCCCUGGACUCACCAAAGAGACUACGUCGACAUCCAGCCAAAGUCCGGCUGUUGGUCCUUCCUUGGUGCGCGCGGUGGAAGACAGACCGUGUCUCUCCAGAGUCCCGGCUGCCUCCGUGUUGGAGUCGUCUCCCAUGAAUUCAUGCAUGCCCUGGGCUUUGUGCAUGAGCAAUCUCGCUUUGACCGGGACAACUAUGUCACCAUCAAGUGGCCAAACAUUUGGAGGGAUCGGUUAAGAAACUUUGAGAAAUUCAAGACAGAGAGUCUGGAUCUACCAUACGACUACAGCUCAAUCAUGCACUUUGGGAUGUACGCAUACUCUCAGGGCGGGGAACCAACCAUCAUUCCAAAGAACAGCCAGAACAGCAAUACCAUUCGGCUGGGCCAGGCAUCCAUCCUCAGCCACAUUGACACAAUGAAAAUCAACAAGCUUUAUAAAUGCGGUUAG